CAGCUUGAAGGUUAUGACCAAACUCGUGGAUUCGUACAGGAUGUGUACGCUCCAACAAAGAUUGACUCGGUUCUCGUGCAACAGGUCAAACGAUUAGGGAUGAUACCGUUUGUGCAAACGAAUGUUCCUCAAUCGUUGUUGUCGUACAGUUGUUCCAAUCCCGUUUAUGGCACCACAAGCAACCCGUUGGAUAAAGAACGUACUCCCGGUGGUUCGUCAGGUGGAGAAUCAGCCAUCAUUGCUGCUGGUGGCUCUAUAAUAGGUUAG